UCUGUUGUCUUCCUUUUAAGACUUCUCAACUGAAAACACCUCAGCCAUAACAUGAGAAGUCAUAAGCCUUUUCUCUUAUUUUAUCCUUUUGUUUUUAUUUUUAUACUAAAUUCUGUUAUAUAAAUUGUUUUUAGUUUCUCUUGUACUAAUCUUUGAGUGCCUCUAUAAAAGGGAAGCCUUGUGCCUAAUAACGUAUACAACCCCAAAUCCCACGUUUAAGCAACUAAUAAUAACAAUAGUAAUAAUGAAAAGGAGCAAGAAUCUAUGUCUCCCUCUUCUUGUUCUUCUUCAUAUCAUCUUUACUCAUGGGGUUGUUAGUAGUGUAAAGGGAUUAGGGGAAAAGAGCUUUUAUAUAGUCUACUUGGAAGAUCGUCCGGGGAUUCAACAAGAAUCCGCAGUCGAAACACACUUCAACAUCCUUUCCUCUGUCAAACAAAGCCUUGUUGAAGCUAAGGAAUCCAUGGUGUAUAGCUACACCAAGAGCAUCAAUGCAUUCGCUGCCAAGCUUUCCAGUGAUGAAGCCAACAAAUUAUCUCAGAUGGACGAAGUACUCUCUGUAAUUCCAAACCAGUACCGGAAGCUACACACAACAAGAUCCUGGGACUUCACUGGCUUCCCUAUAACAUCUAGAAGAAAAUUAAAAUCAGAAAGUGAUGUUAUUGUCGGUCUUUUGGAUACAGGGAUCACUCCAGGAUCCGAAAGUUUCAAGGAUGAUGGAUUUGGGCCUAUACCCAAGAAAUGGAAAGGAAGCUGUGUUCGUGCCGCUAAUUUCUCUGGAUGCAACAACAAGCUUAUAGGAGCCAAGUACUUCAAACUUGACGGAAAUAAUGACCCGUCGGACAUCUCUUCGCCGGUGGAUGCUGAUGGUCACGGUACUCACACUUCGUCCACAGCGGUCGGCAAUGUCAUACCGAACGCAAGCCUCUUCGGUCUUGCCAAUGGGACGGCGCGUGGUGCAGUGCCCUCGGCUAGGGUGGCCAUGUACAAGGUGUGCUGGGCUUCCUUCGGCUGUGCUGACAUGGAUAUUCUUGCUGCUUUUGAGGCUGCUAUCGAAGACGGUGUCGAUGUCAUAUCAGUCUCCAUUGGUGGGGGGUCGGCGGACUUUUUGACGGAUUCUAUAGCGGUUGGGUCAUUUCACGCAUUGAAGAAGGGAAUCAUCACCGUUGCCUCGGCUGGAAAUGAUGGCCCGGCUCUAGGCAUGGUCACUAAUACCGCGCCGUGGUUGUUUACUAUAGCAGCUAGUGGUAUUGAUAGGAGUUUCAAGAGCCAAAUCCAACUUGGUAAUGGGAAGAGCUUUAUGGGAGUUGGAAUAAACACAUUCAAUCCAAACCAAAAGCUAUACCCUCUUGUUAGUGGGACAGAUAUAGCUCAGAACGCAGAAAGCAAAGAUCAAGCAAGGUUCUGUUUCGAUGGUACUUUAGACGCCAGGAAAGCAAAAGGAAAACUUGUUUUGUGCUCGCUUGCAAAUUGGGGCACUGAUUCUGUGGUAAAAGGAAUUGGAGGGGUUGGUAUUAUAUUGGAAAAUGAACAAUUUCUCGAUGCUGCCCAAAUUUUUAUGGCUCCAGGGACCCUAGUGAACUCUACCGUUGGUCAAACAAUCGACAAUUAUAUUCAUUCGACUAAAGCACCAUCGGCAGUGAUACACAAGACCACCGAAGUAAAAAUCCGUGCUCCGUUUAUUGCGUCGUUUUCAUCUCGGGGUCCAAAUCAAGCAUCUAAGCGCGUACUCAAGCCUGAUAUUGCAGCACCAGGGAUUGACAUAUUGGCAUCGUACACUCCAUUAAAGUCGCUUACUGGGUUGAAAGGCGACACACAAUUCUCAAAAUUCACCCUCAUGUCCGGUACUUCCAUGGCCUGUCCACACGUGGCCGGCGUAGCCGCCUACGUUAAAUCAUUCCACCCACAUUGGUCUCCUGCUGCCAUUCGAUCUGCUAUUAUCACUACUGCAACUCCAAUGAGCCGAAGGGUGAACGCGGAUGGAGAAUUCGCUUACGGAGCUGGACAAGUAAACCCAAGAAGAGCCGUCAGUCCAGGCUUAGUCUACGACAUGAAAGAGAUGUCGUAUAUCCAGUUCCUUUGCCUGGAGGGCUUCAACAGCUCAUCUAUAGCUCAUUUAGUCGGUUCCAGAUCCGUAAACUGCUCCUCACUUAUCCCUGGACUCGGCUACGACGCUCUCAACUACCCCACAUUCCAGCUUACGGUAAAUUCUAACACAACGACGACGUAUGGGGUAUACCGAAGGACUGUGACCAAUGUUGGUCAGGCCAAGGCCGUGUACAAUGUGGCGGUUAAGCCUCCGAAAGGAGUUGAGAUCACUGUGACCCCAUCUACCCUGUCUUUCACUGGGACCAUGCAGAGGAGGAGUUUCAAGGUUGUGGUGAAGGCGAAUAAGAUGUCGUUUAGCGCGGGAUCAAUGGUUUCUGGUUCUCUGGCAUGGAAAAGUCCUCGCCACGUCGUUAAAAGCCCUAUUGUCGUUCAUAGUCCACUUCAACAGAAUGAUACUCCUCAUCAUCAUCAUAUUAUAAAUAGUAGUGGUGAUAAUGAUAAUGUUUUGUAAAAAUUAUGUAGUUAAUAAUCAGAGGGCAUUAAUAUUAAAGGACCUGAUAAUGAUAUAUGGAAGUUCUUAA